AAUUCGUCUUUGGAUAUCUGCCUUCAAUUGAAUCCGAAUCAAUUCAAAUAAACAAAAUGACCAUUGCAAAGCUAUUUCUCACCUUCGCUGCUUUCACUGUUUUGUUCACUAAUCAAAGUGAAGCUGAUCAGUCCAAGGAAGCCUUUAAGCCAAUGGAAAGACCUUAUCAACGAGUUCGUAAUGCCAAAAUUCAAGGAAUUACAAUUGCUCAAAACGGACCUAAUGUGUUGGCAAUUACUCGGGGAGGACUGGAGCAAAGAUUUCGGGACAUUAAUAUUCAAGGAAUUGGAAUUGCUCAGAACGGUGCUAAUUUCAUGAUAACCGGUCGAAGAAGACUAAGCAAGAAAGUUCCUAAUAUAAGUAUUCAAGGAAUUGGGAUCGCUCAACAAGGAGCUAACGUCCUAGCGAUUGUUGAAAAAUAACUCUGUAAAAAUGAUAUAGC